AUGUUUAAUUAUCUUGUUAGAAAAUAUAGCCUUUCUGUCAAAAUCAUAAAAGAUAAUAUUGUCAAAUUAGUUGAUGUUGAUGCAAUAGUAAAUGCAGCCAAUUCAUAAUUAAUUCCUGGAGGUGGAGUUUGUGGAGCAAUAUUUUAGGCUGCUGGGAAAUAAUUAGAAAGAGAAUGUUAAUUAUAUAUUUAAUAACAUGGAAUUGUACCUACAUCUAAAUUAGCUGUUACAAGUAGUUGUCAAUUAUAAAAAAAUAACAUAAAAUAUAUUAUUCAUGCAGUUGGGCCAAAAUAUUUUGAAUCAUCAAAUCCGGAAGAAGAAUUAUAAAUAUGUGUUUAGAAUAUGUAUUAAUAUUUUUAUUAUUUGGAAAUAGUCUAAAUUAAUCUUUUAAUAGUUUGAGAUUGUCAUCAGUUGCAAUUCCAGCAAUCUCUAGCGGAAUUUAUGGAUUUCCAAAAGGAUUAUGUGCACAAAUAUUUAAACUUGUCAUUGAAGAGUAUUAAAAGGAUACAUCAAAUAAUUAAGGUUAAAUCAUUUUAUGCAAUUUUGAUGAAGAAACAACAACAAUAUUUUAAAAAGUAUUUUAGCAAUAAAACUCAUUUUGAUAAUAUUCUAUUAUUUUU